AAAGCACAGAGACUGAGAAGGACAUUGUCGGAGCAGAAUGAGGGUCCCCAAGUUGCACAUGCUACAAACAAAAGGUGACAGACACAGACAGAGACUUACUUCUGUUCAAUUGUUUCACUUUGUUGUAUUUUUAUUUUUCAGUUUUCUUCCCACUUAAAAUUUAACCAGAGUUAUCAGUACAGUGAGAAAAAUAUGAUAUAGAGAGAUCCAUAUGCUUAUUCAAAGCACAAGGAUUCCCACUUGCAGUAGCCGCUGGUCCAUCCCUAAAACACUGGUGCAUAUCAAGGAAGUCCUCGGAGCUUGGAACUUUUGCGCCUUUCACUUUGCCUUUGUUGAUUUUUGCUUCUUUUUGUUUGGUUUCUUCUUUUGAAGUCCGGAGGCUUGGAGAGGGAAGCCCUCCUGGGUUUGGAAGUUGGGUUUUGCUAAGGUGAACCUAAUUGGUUUGUUAGAGUGGUUUUGUCGUUUGGAAUUGGUUUGCUUUGUUAGAACAGUUUUAUCUUUUGCGAGCUAAAAUUUGGAAAAGCUAGGCUUUCAUUUGUAGGGUUUAUGAUAAAACUUUGGUUUUUGAAGGUUGAAGGUUGAAGGUUGAUCAAGUUUGGCCUUUUGGCUAGUUCUGUAAGUGGUUUUGGUUGUAGAAGGUGAACUAUGAAUUUUUUGCUAAUUCAUUAGUUCCAGAGGUGGAUUUCAGUUGCCAGAACCUCAUAUUUUCCCACUGGAAUUUAGAAUCUUAUACUUGUAUUUUGGGUUUCAUUUGAUACCUUUUAUGUUGAGAUGUUGGGUGGAAGCUUGCAAAUGUCACUGAAUUCCCCAUCUUACAUGUGGAGUUGUGUAACUACGCAGAGAAAUUUUUGUAAGAGAAGGUUGGAUCCGGCUCUAGCUAUGUCCCCAUCCUCAGUGAUCUUACACACUGAUGAAAGUGGGAAAUUUCCUGAAUCUAAGAAAAGUUCUAGUUCAGGUACAGCUUCUUUAAUUAGCUCUGCAGGGACCUUGCUUAGUCAUCCAAAUGCCGUGGGAAUAAUUGGAGGGGUAUCUGUUGAUUCCAGUCUCAAUUUCGUGAGAAAACUAGUGCAUUGGAGUAAAGAGAAUGAAAAGAAUUGCAUGCCUUUUGUUCUUUGCUCUGAUCCAGUGUUGAAUAGGGAGCUUUUAUCGAUGGAGAGGAAUUCUGCUUCUCUCUGCCCUAGAAAUGAACAUUCACAAUUCGAUCAUACCCGGAUUGUUGAAAAUCUAUGGAGUAAAAGGGUCUUCCUUGAGAAGUCAGGAGCUCACUGCAUUGUGGUGCCUUGUCAUAUUUCACACUCAUGGCACGAUGAAGUGUUUAAGGGAUGUUCUGUUCCUUCCCUUCAUAUGGGUGAGUGUGUUGCCAGGGAGCUUAAGGAAGCCAAGUUGAAACCACUGGAAGCUGGGAGCCCUUUGCGAAUUGGGGUACUUGCCACAGAUGCAACUUUAAAAGCAGGGUUUUACCAAGAGAAACUGCAGAAUGAGGGUUUUGAGGUUGUGCUGCCAGAUAAGGCAACCAUGGAACACACUGUAAUCCCUGCAAUUGAUGCCUUAAAUAGAAAAGACAUGGAAGGGGCACAGAAUCUGCUGAGAAUUGCACUCCAGGUUCUCCUGGUGAGGGCGGUUAACGCUGUUAUCCUUGCGUCUGAUGAUAUGCGUGAUCUUUUGCCUCGGGAUGAUCCUCUUCUUAAGAAAUGUAUUGACCCAAUGGAUGCAUUGGCCAGGUCAACUAUCAAGUGGGCACAGCAAGCUGUGGAGGAAGUAUCUGGGCUGGUUGGUUGACUCUUUUAGACAGAGCCUAUGCAUAAGCUGGAAGAGGCAUCUUGACUUGAGCAUGCGAAUUGGUGAUUUCCCUUUAAUUGAUAAAUGAAUUGAACUUCAAUGAGAAUGUGAUGGUAUUAGUUCAUAAUUUUUUGAAUGAAAUUAAUGGAGAUUGUGCAACAUCACAGAUAGAAAGUGUUGGCUGGAUAAGAACACAUUGACUAUGUUUUGGUUAUUUCACUUUGAAACAAGCACGUGGACAAUAAUUUGUUAUUUCUCCUGAUGUGGAAUGCAGAUAUUAUGAUGUAUUUAUGACUGUAAGCAUGUUUUAACAUGUCACAUUUUGGUUUUAUGUUAUUGUAAGGUAUGUGUGUGUUUCACUUUAA